CUUACCUACCUUCAGAUGCACACAGCAAUAUAAAAACCUCACUCUUUUAUAUGACUAAAUACAAACUAAACCCCACUUUGUUAUAUAUAUAAGUAUAUACAUUACAAAACAUAUACUUCCCUCCUCCCCUCAUACUCUUUCUUCUGUUUAGCUUUUGCUUUUCUAAUAUGUCUCUUCUUAUAAUUCAUUCUGAAUCUUCUUCUUCUUCUUCUUCUUGCCAUCUACUUGCUUCAUUUUUUACUAUCUUAUGUUUGGUUUUGUUAGUUCAACCUCUGGUAGCUUCAUCUGGUAUGAUAAUGAGCAGGAGAAACCACCAUAUUAAUCAUCACCAUAGAAGGCUAAUGCUGCAAGCCAACCAAAACACAUGCGCAUUGUUUACAGGCACUUGGGUUCGUGAUGACACAUACCCCAUGUACGAAUCUUCUCAAUGUCCCGUUAUUGAUGCAGAAUUUAACUGCCAAAUGAACGGUCGUCCUGACUCUGGUUAUCUCAAAUACAGAUGGCAGCCUCUAAAUUGUGAGCUCCCGAGGUUCAAUGGGUCUGAAUUUUUGCUGAAGAUGAAAGACAAAACAGUGAUGUUUGUUGGUGACUCUUUGGGGAGAAAUCAAUGGGAGUCGUUGAUUUGUAUGAUUUAUGGAGGUGCACCAAGAACACAGACACAGAUGAUUAGGGGGGAUCCUCUCUCUACAUUCAAGUUCUUGGAUUAUGGUUUUUCUGUAUCUUAUUACAGAGCUCCGUAUUUGGUAGACAUAGACAUGGUAGAAGGUAAGAGGGUUCUGAAGUUGGAAGACAUUAAUGAAAAUGGCAAGUCCUGGCUUGAUGCAGAUGUGUUAUCUUUCAAUACUGGACACUGGUGGAGCCACAAAGGGUCUCACCAAGGAUGGGAUUUCAUGGAAUCAAAUGGUACGUUUUACCAGGACACGGAUCGAUUAGUGGCUUUGGAGAAAGCCCUGAAAACAUGGGCCAAUUGGGUUGACACCAAUGUUGACAGAAACAAAAAAAGAGUAUUUUUCCAGUCAAUUUCUCCUACACAUUACAAUCCAAGUGAAUGGAGUGCUGGAGGAACUUCGACCACAACAAAGAGUUGCUAUGGAGAAACAGCACCGAUGGGUGGAACGGCAUACCCUGGAGCUUAUCCGGAGCAAAUGAGAGUGGUGAAUACUGUGAUGAGGGAGAUGAGCAAUCCUCCAUAUUUGUUAGAUAUAACUAUGCUAUCAGAGCUAAGGAAAGAUGGGCACCCUUCAAUCUAUAGUGGCGAUUUGAACCCUGAGCAAAAGGUUAACCCUGACAAGUCCGCUGAUUGUAGCCAUUGGUGCCUUCCAGGAUUGCCUGAUACUUGGAACCAACUCUUUUCUGCUGCUUUGUUCAACUAAAAUAAUUUUAUGCAGUAUAUUAACUAGUUCAGAUGAUGCAUAACAGCACUGGUAUUUUUAGUUCCUUAACUAAGAUGAUCUGUAUUAAUUUUCUCCGAUAAAAUAUGCAAUA